UCAUAAAAAAGGAUUGCUUUUGAAAAAAAUUAAAUGAAUUAAAUAGAGGUUAUAAGAAAUUAAAGGUAGGUAGUAGCAAUUUAGUAAAGUAAAAUUGUGUACUUGAAUAAUUGUUGAUUUCAAGUAAACACUGAAUGAUUGUGAGUCACUGUUGUAGGCCAAAGUCCAAUGGAUUUAAAAUUAGCACAAGGAAUUAAAUUACUUUUGAUUCUACUGUUUCAACUUAACCUGGAAGUUCUGACAAAAAGAUAGGCCCUAUCUCAGUUUUUUUUAAGUGAACUUAUAAGUUUUAAAAUUUUUACUUGCUUAAAGAUAUAACAGUGGGGAACGUCCAGAGUUUGAGCAUCAAAUCAAUGAGUGUCUGACUGUACAGGGCCACUACCAUCCACCAUGCUUGUCCUACGCCUAGCCCGGCUGUUUGACUCAGUCAAACAAACUCUCUUUAUAAUUGGCUCAGGUCUUAUAGUUUUCCUUGCCCUUAGGAAUUCUAUAGUAUGGCAUAUGCAGCAGUUUUGGGGAGCAUCCGGAGACUUUUGGCAAAGACAAUGGGAGAAUAUGUACACAUUUUUUGGUCAGGAUGAACUGCUAGUUUCCAUCAUCGGUUCCUUCAUUUUUACAACAUCUGUCUUCUGGCUUGCAAAUUUAUUCCUCAUGAUUCUUGAUGUCACUGGAUGGCCAGCAUUUUUAUUGAGAUAUAAAAUCCAGGACAGCAAAAAUUGCCCGCUGAGGUACCCAGAUCUGAUGAAAGCCGUCAAAACGGCGUUAUUUAAUCAAACGAUUGUGGGUCUUCCAACAACUUUUGUAAUCUACUACAUGAUGAAGUGGCGCGGCUGCUCCUGCUCACCUGAUGACCUCCCAACCUUCCAGUGGGCUGUGGUUGAGUUGACAGUGUUCACACUGAUUGAAGAGAUUUGUUUCUACUACUCUCACAGAUUGUUCCACCACCCUAAACUGUACAGACACAUCCAUAAACAACACCAUGAAUGGACGGCACCCAUCAGCAUUGUCUCCAUCUACGCCCACCCUGUUGAGCACAUCAUCAGCAACAUGCUCCCCCCUGCUCUGGGCCCCAUCCUCCUGGGGUCCCACCUGGCUACAGCCUGGAUGUUCUGGGCCCUGGCACUUCUCUCAACAACAGUGGCCCACUGUGGUUACCAUCUGCCAUUGUUGCCCUCCCCUGAAGCCCAUGACUACCACCAUUUGAAGUUCAACCAAAACUUUGGUGUCUUGGGUGUCCUUGACCGACUCCAUGGCACAGACACUCAGUUCCGCGCUUCCUUGGCCUACCAGCGCCACUUCCUCCUUCUCUCCACUGUCCCUGUGACCCAGCAGGUUCCAGAGCCCAAUAAGAAGAAAGCUUGGUCAGAAGAUACAGCUUGAGCUUUAACAGGCAUUUACAUCUGUUUGUCUGUGCUCGAUUCAGCUAACUUUUUUUUAUUAAUCUGUUUGCAGAUUGCUGCUUCGUCUUUUAUAUUAUAAUCAACUUUUGUUCUUAAUUGCUGACUUUGAUAUUGCCAAAAAAAAAAUUUCAUUGUGUGAAAUAAUAUGCAUGUUUGAAAAUCAUUUUUUUUUAGGUAUAGAAAAAUAAAUUUUUUUGCAUAAUUUCCAAAAAUGAUUACAUGUUAUAAAUUUGAAGCUUAAUUCUGGUUUUUUGAUGGAUAAGUAAUGAAAACAUUAAACUAUAUUUGUAUUUCAAGAAUUUAUACAUAUUUUUUAAUAUUAUCAUAUUAAAUGAAAUCCCUUGACUUCCUGGAAUUGAUCUUGCAGUAAAUAUUUUUUUAUUUGUUUCAGAAAAUAAUUUAUUAUUCUCAAAUGUAUACAUUUACCAUAUUCUUUGUUUUAUUAUUUAGACAAAUUUGUGAAUUUUAAGUAAACUGUAAAUAGAAUUUAAAUACUACUAACACAGAUACCUACAAAACUUCCCUCCCCCCCCCCCCUUUCAUUGUAUAAAUUGUGAUACUUUAAACAAAAAAUACAAUAUUACUUGCAAGUAUUACAUUCUUUUUUCCCCUCAUAUUUACAUGAAACUUGUUCAACAGUUGCUUUACACUUUACUUUAUUAGGCUGUUGGCUUUCCCCAUGUCAUAUUUUAAAUUUUUUUUUUAUUGACAAGAGAGAAUGGUGCUUUUUCACUGGGCUGAUUCAUUUUCUAAAAACUGGUCAAUUUACUGUUUUUUUUUAUUAUUUUAAAAAUAAUUGUGUUAUCAAUCUUGUUUUAACCGGUGAAGUAAGAAGUGCUAUUAGACUAAAAAUAUUCUUUAGGGGGGAAAAAAAUAGUUACUGAUAAUUAUGUUUGACAAAACUUCUGCAAGUGAAGUUCACAUUUCAAAGAAAAAUUGUUAAACUUAUUGAAAUAAAAAAAAAACGUCUAAGUCACUCUGCUAAAUUUAAGUAAUAAGUUUUUUUCCCAAAAGUUGGAAUAGUUUUACCUAGUUGGGGGGGACGUCUAAUAUUUAGCACUGCAUAAAGCAGUGGUUAUGGAUUUUUCCCUUUAUUGUGAGAAGUCUUUUAGUAUCUUUAAAAACAGUUGUGUAUUUAAUUCUUCCAAAAACCUACCAUGUUCAUUCAAUAAUCAAAGCCAUAGCAAUGCACCUAUUUAUUUAUUUAAAAUUAUAUCAUUUAAAAGAAUAUUUUGGAAAUAUGAUCUUUUUAUAAUUUUUAUACUUUUGUUUUAAAAAUCAAAUACUGGUAAUAAAAACUUUUUGCAACAUAAAUGUAUAAAUAAUGUUUGUUGUAUGUUUAAAUGUUGACAACCUUGGGUGAUUGGAACAAUAUUUUUUUAUUUUACAAGAUUUUUUUAAUUACUGAUUUUGUGUUAAUUUUUAAUCUUCUGGCAAUAAACAAAAUUUUAGCCCUUUUACAUGAUUCAAGAAUGCCAAUAAUUAUUGCUGUGCUUCAUUUUUUUUUUGUUUUACUUGAUAUGCUCUGUUUGAAUAUAUAACCUUAAUCUUUUUCAAAGAACUUUUAAAUUUCGUUUUACCAGUCUUUUUUAAAAAAAAUAUAUUAAGAUAGAAUUGCAACAGAAUAAAAUUUAGAGAUUUAAAAUGUAACUAGAAUUUUCUUUUAAAUUCAAAAUGAUAAAUUGUUUUUAUCUCCAAGAAUGAUGCACAAAAUCAUUAAAAAUAUAUCAAAGGAGUGGUGUAUUAAGAAAUAAAAGUAGUCUUUUUUACUUUCAGUAUUACAUUAAAAUAUCAUUUUAAAAAUUAAUUUUCUAUCCAAAGCAGAUUUUGUCUAUGAUAUUUUUUGUACAUAACCAGAAUCUUCAGUUCAAAGAAAUUCUCAUUUUGAUGAAUAUUUACAGUUGUAAAUAUAAAUUCUGUUGUAUUAAAGUGUUUAUUUUGAA